AUGGUUCUGGAACUUCAUAUUUGGGGUCCGGCGUUUUCAUUGCCGUCUAUCGAUGCGCAAUGUCUCGCCGCAAUCACGUAUCUGUCCCUGACGGUGCCCAAGGACGCCUGGGUACUCGUCGCAAGCAGUGAUCCUUCUGUGUCGCCGACUUGCGAACUACCAGCCCUCAGAAAUGGCUCAACAUGGGUAAGCCGGUUCCGCAAUAUCGUCGAUUACCUCCGUCAGUAUUCGAACGGCGACUGGGACCUGGAUCAGGGCCUCAGUGGGAUCGAAAAAGCAGAUAACACUGCCUUCUCCGCCUUCCUUGAAUCCCGCGCUCAAUCCCUCCUCGACCUCUCCCUCUACGUCACCAGCCAAAACUACUACAACUGCACCUCCCCCUCCUACGGCGCCAUCCUCCAAUGGCCCAACCAAUGGAUUCUCCCUCCGAAACUCCACAGCGCCGCCAAAACCCGCACCGAACAUCUCGGCCUCUCCUCCCUGGACAUACAAGCCAUCGAAGACCAACGGAAACGUGACCACUCCGCCGCCGUCGCAGCAGGCCAGAUCCCCAAGAACCUCAUUCCGCAGCCACGCGACACUGUUUCAUCCCUACUCGGCAAGACGGCGCAGCAG